AUGCCCCCAAAGGAUAACAGAAAAGUUACAAAGACAGAAAACGAUUUUGCGGAGGAGGAUCAGCAAAUAAAUGAUGAAAUUGUGAGAGCCAAGUUGCGGUUGGCAGCACUGGAGGCCGUUCAUGCGGAUCGUUUGGAGGAAAUUGCGAUGCUUAAGCGAUCGCGCGAUGAUCUCUUGUCUACCUUUGAAAAGUGUGAGGGUGACGCAAACGCAGCAACUGAGGAUAGACUUGAUAUUUUGACUGAUUUUACGCGUCAGUACAAGAACGACGAAAAGUUUAAGAUUGAAAUUGCUACUAGGAUGGAUGCCACACUCAAUCGCUUGGCAGAAGAGAAGUUGAAACUUGUCGAAGAACUAAAGAAGACGAAGACUGAGUUUGAAGAGGCUAUUGCUCAGGUUAAGGCAGAGUGCGAGACCCUUUACUCCCGUAUUGCUGACAUGGAGAGAGAGUUCGAUACGAUAAUGAUGGAAACAAAAUCUGGAGAUUCGACCCAGUAG